UUCGCUGUUUGGAGGUCUCCUUGCCACUGUCUGGUCAAUCCAGUGGUGAUGAAGGCUGAUGAUACCAGUGGCAUCGUGUCAUGGAGAGGAAGAGGAUGACAAUAAGCAAAAAUAUUACUUGCAGCUCGGGAACAAUUACACAGUACGCCGGGAACAUGGGGGAUGGUGGUGUAAACGGUUGAAUGGGUGGGUCAAACCCUGAUGCUCUCUGUCUCUGACAUGUUCUGGUCACUAACUCUCUUUUCCAUUUGGUCCUUUUUUUUCCCCCUCGAUCUUGCUUCAAAAGGUCCUUUUCAUAAGGUCAAGCUCAUUUAUUAAUAAUGGACCUUGAUCUGCACAUUUCUAUCGUCUGAUAAUGAAAAGAGAUGGAAGACGAAAAGAGGAAACGCGUUGUUUACGGAGCCGGAAAUUAUUUCUGACGGGCGUCAUGAGGAGAGAUAAAAGCGAGAGGUAGUCGGAAAGGCAUCACAUUUCAGAGUGAAGGGCCGUACGUCACGGCUCAACAAAUCCAUCCACCCAUUACUCUUCCUUCUCCCUCACCUGCCUCUCUACCUCCACUCCUCUCCAUCCCUCGCUCGCUCUGUCACCCGGGGACAUUCGGUAGUUAGUGUCAAGGCAGCGACAGAGUCUGCAAUAUGAAAGACAAGGAAAGAAAGACGGCAAGUCCGAAGGAACAAAAGACUAAAAAAGGGCUACUCCGUAGGUGGACAGCCCACACCCCGGGGGCCUGUUUCCCCAAGCAAGAUCCCGAGCGUGGUGGAAGUCACAUGAUCUCCACCGAUGACCUGGAAUAUCCUCGGGAGUACCGGACGCUGGGAAACAGCGGGCGGCGGUUCUCUAACGUGGGCCUGGUGCACACGUCGGAGCACCGCCACACGGUCAGCGCUGCCCAGAGCCUGGAGGCCCUCACUAACCUGCACAAGGCGGACAUGGAGCGCAAGAGGGACGCCUUCAUGGACCACCUGAAGAGCAAGUACCAGCAGCAGCAGCAGCAGCAACAGCAGCAGCUGCAGCAUCACAGCCCGCAUCACAACCCGCCGUCUCCAUCACCCUCCCAUGCCAGCAUGAGGGGAUCAUCUGAGCGCUCUGCCCGAGAGCAGCAACAACCCAACUACUGGAGCUUUAAGAGUCGCAGUCCUCGGCACUCCCAGUCUACCCAGUCUGGGCUCGCCGACCAGGCCGCCAAGCUCUCCUUCGCCUCCGCUGAGUCCCUGGAGACCAUGUCAGAAGCCGACAUGCCAAUUGGAUUCAAUCGGAUGAACCGAUUUCGCCAGAGCCUGCCACUGUCCCGCUCAGCCAGCCAGAAUAAGCUUCGAUCUCCAGAUGAGUUUUCAGGAGUGCUCUUCCUGCAGUAUGGCGACGAAACGCGCCGGGUUCACAUCACCCAUGAGCUCACGAGCCUGGACACGCUGCACGCCCUCAUCGUGCACAUGUUCCCUCAGAAGUUGACGGCAGGCAUGCUGAAGUCGCCCAACACGGCCAUCUUGAUCAAAGACGAAGCUCGGAACGUCUUCUACGAGCUGGAGGAUGUUCGGGACAUCCAGGACCGCAGCAUCAUCAAGAUCUACCGCAAAGAGCCCAUCUAUGCAUCAUACCCAGCUGCUGCACACCUGGCCAACGGAGACUUGAGGAGGGAAAUGGUCUACUCCUCCCGUGACUCCUCUCCAACCCGCCGCCUCAACACCCUCCCCUCGUCUUCGGCUUCUUCCGGCUCUCCGUCGCGCUCCCGCCUCUCCUACAGCGGCGGGCGCCCGCCGUCCUUCGCGGGGUCCCACCCGCAGCACGAACAGCCGCGUCACUCCCACCACUCCUCACCGAGCCACGGUGCUAACCUGUCCCCCUCACCGAGUGCCAUCUUGGAGCGCCGCGACGUCAAACCAGAUGAGGAGGUUUCCGCUAAAAACCUGGCCCUGAUGAAGAGCGAGGCUCUGUACGCAGACCCCUACAGUCUCAUGCACGAAGGGCGCCUCAGCAUUGCCUCCACCCAGUCCCUAGCGGCUCUUGGCGAUCCCUUCAGCUUCCCCGUCUCCUCCGGUCUGUACCGCAGGGGCUCGGUGAGGUCCCUCAGCACCUACUCCGCAGCUGCUCUGCAGGGAGAUCUGGACGACUCCCUAUAUAAACCAGGAGGCUCUCUGUACUCUGACACUUACUCCUCAGCUACGCUGGGUAUGGGUUUUAGGAUGCCGCCUUCGUCCCCACAGAAAAUUCCAGACAUGCAACUGCGGGACCGGGACUCAUAUUCCAGCUCCCCGAGGGCUUCACCGGUUAGACAGACCUUCCGCAAAGACUCCACCUCCUCAUCUGUGUUUGUGGACAGUCCAAAGUCCAGACCCAGCUCAGGAUCUGAGCCUCUGUGCCUGACAGCAGGACCUGGAGAGGGUGGCAGGGCCACGCCUGGUUUUGGAUCCUCAAUGUCUGGACCGGACACUGACACAAGCAGGGACCAUCGUCUGGAGCGGAUGGAAGCCAUGGAGAAGCAGAUAGCCAGCCUGACAGGCCUGGUCCAGAGUGUGUUGACCAGAGCGCCAGACAGUGACAGCACAUGUGGCCUGCUGCGUCUCUGCAUGAUGGCGGGCUGCCCUCCGGACCCAGGAUCCGACUUCUCACGGCCAUUACCUUUCUCUUCCAGCGACAAGACGGAAACAAACAGCGAUGGCUCCGCCACAGGAACUGGACGUCAGAAGAAGAAAGCUCACACACCUUCAGCACCUCUAGCUCUGAUGCCGCCGCCGCCUUCCAACUUGCACAUGAACGGCGCCGGUCGCUUGCAGAUGAAGCUCCACUUGCACGGUUUGCAACAAAAUGCCACUGAAAUUCGCAAACAGCUUUCGCAGCUACGCAAGACACAGCUAGAAAACCAGGAGUCGAUGCGGACUCUGCUGAAGAGGACCGGAGCGGAGUUAAACGUGCGUGUGGCCGACGCCCUGAGGAAGCAAGAAGAUCCUCUGCAGAGACAGCGCCUCCUAGUGGAAGAGGAGAGGCUGAAGUAUCUCAACGAAGAAGAGCUCAUCAUCCAGCAGCUGCAUGACCUUGAGAAGUCAGUGGAGGAGAUCCAGAAAGAGUCGUCCGUCAACCACAAGCUGGUGACGGUGCAGGAGCUGGAGGAGAAGUCUGCUGUCCUUCGAAAGUUGGGGGAAACAUUAACCGAGCUCAAAAAUCAGUUUCCCGGCCUGCAGAGCAAGAUGCGGGUGGUGCUCCGGGUGGAGGUGGAGGCCGUGAAGUUCCUGAAGGAGGAGCCGCACAGACUGGAUGCCCUGCUCAAGCGUUGCAAGACCAUUACCGACACCCUCGCCACCAUGCGCAAGCAAGCGAACGACGGUGUGUGGAAGAAGCAGGACGACUUUUCCAACCCCUCAUCCAAGCACAACGACGAGCUAAGAAAGCUGUCGGAGUUUGAAAUCCCCAACAGCCCUCCUCUUGCCAUGAAUGAUCUCGGCGGGGGAAACAGCCUGUCCAACUGGAGCCCGCAUUCAAGUCUCAGCCGGAGCCACGGGAACCCGUCCGGACAUCACAAGGACAAUCACCCUCCCGUCCCCCACAAGGGGAAAGCCCUGGAAGAGCUGGAGCGCCGCUGCGCCGCCGACAAGGCUUUGUCCAUGGAAGUUCGGCUGGCAGCAGAGCGUGACUGGGAGGAGAAGCGAGCGAGCUUGACCCAGUACAGCGCUCAGGACAUCAACCGGCUUCUGGAGGAGACCCAGGCCGAGCUCAUGAAAGCCAUACCGGACCUGGAGUUUGCCGCCAAACAGAUCAAGCCCUCCUCCAACGCGCCUUCCUCCCAGACUCCGCAAAGUGCCACUGCGACUCCCGAGCACCGCCCCAGCAAGGCUCACCACAAGAUCUCGGCGAAAGAUGGUGGAUCCAGAAACGGUUCAGAAGAGCUGACUAUCCCUCGCUACCGCACAGAAAAACCAUCCAAGUCUCCUCCACCUCCACCUCCCAGACGCAGUUUCCCCUCCUCCCCUGGUCUGACCAGUCGCAGCGGGGAGCCACUUAUUCCAGGGAAAAGUGUGAAGAAAUCGGACUCUGAGGAGACGGACGGGCCCAAGCCUCACAUGAAGCUGCGGAGGACCGUGUCGGAAAACCCCCGCCCCGCAUCCACGCCGCCCACUCUGGCAUCUGAGGACAAGGGAGACAGAGAGGAGGCCAAAAUAGCUGCAGAGCUGGAGGGAGGAAACAGCUCGGGCGCCGGCAAAGCUGUCCACUCGUCGGCCGCUUCCAAGCUGAAGCAUCUGCAGCAGAACAGCAUGGACAGAAAUAAAAGCAGCAAAAGAGAGGAGUUCCUGAAAAGCCAGGGCCAGCAGCAGCAGCAGCAGCAGCAGCAGCAGUAGAAGUCCAGUGUGUCCAGCCCCUGACCUGAACGCUGCCCCCCCCUCCCACCCUAAUUCGACCCCUCAUCCGUCAGGGUCAAGCCAAGACCUGUGCAUCUCUGGUGUUUGCUCUGGUGGAUGUGUGUGUGCACGGGCAUGUUUGCAACGGCGCUGCAGGGGUCAGCGACCCAUCCGCAACCAAUUCUACAACUUUUGAUACGGCUUUAAAACCCCUUUAAACCCUGACCGCCUCAUUUCUUUGCACCCUCCCCUCGCCCCGUUCUGUGCUCUCCACCCCGAAGGCUUUCGGAACCCUCGAGCCGUACCUCACCGGACCGAAAGGCGGAGUCCUCUCGAACCGCGCGCCUUCUUCGGCGGCGGCGUUC